GAGUGUACGGGAAAGAGGCUGUAGGUAGGUACUUGAAGUUUGCUCGCUGGAGCUCCUCUAGGCGUCAUUUUACGUUUCAGAAUAGUCGAAACUGAAUAGUUCCUCUCUGUAAUUCUCGAGUCAUGCAUAUUGGUUGCGGUUGUCUCUUCUCGUCUGUACCCUUUAUUGUAGUUUACUGACGUCAUCGCACGCCAAUGGUAUCUUCUCAGAUAAUCCUGUCUCUUAUACAAACUGUAACCAUAACACUCAACUACCAUAUAAUCAGCGCACAAGCCACACAUAUAAUAUCUAAGUGAAAUUCACGGAAGAGAUGCCGAAUCCCACGCGAGCCGAACUCCUAGGGGCCGCCACAGCCUUCUGCGAUAGCUUCGCGCAGAAGAAGCCGCUUGAGGAAAUCCUGUCCCAUUUCUCGUCGGCGGCAAAAGACGACGAGAUCGUCGUCCAUGAGCACGGACUCAUGCAACUGGCGCCUUUUCUGGGACGAGAUUUCUGCGGGCGAGAAGGCGUGAGGAAGUACUUUGAGAUGGUUGCGAGGUAUUUGAGUUAUGAGGAUAUACGCUUUGUGGAAUUCAUUGCUGAUGAUGCUGCUGCUUCUGCUGGGGGCAAGGUUGGGGUUCGAGGGAAGGCUAGAUUCACCUGGAAGGAGACGGAUAAGAGCUGGGAUGAGACUUUUGUUUAUGUCCUUGGGUUCGAUAUCACGGCUAAGUUGACGAGGUAUGAAGUCUGGGCGGACACUGGGGCUGCGUAUCUUGCGAGUAGGGGAGAGCUGUGAGGUUGUGGAACAGCAAAGGGGUGUAGCUAUGACGCUUAUGGGGCUGGUACUGAGAUGAUGUUGGACUGGCUAUGAGGGAGAAGGCAAUCUGUGUAAUAAGUAAUGGUCUCGUGAUGACUCCGUUGGUACUAUGAAGCUGUUGGCUGGAUUGAUCUAAUUAUGUCCCUGCAUAAAAAUCCUUUGAGGUGUGAAAUGCUGCACGAGCUAAUUGAAGCCCUACUCAACUGCGACGUAGAAACUACCGGGAAUUAUGCAUAUUCAUAAGGUACAGGGUCU